AUGUCAUCAAUACCUUACAAUUUGCAAUAUUACGUGGAAAAAGAUAGAAACAACUUAUUCCAAUGGCUAUCGUUUUUGGUAGGCGUUUGUUCAUUCUUAUUAUAUGGUAUUGGAUUUCACUGGCUCCCAAAGCUCUUGCGAGAAAGAAGAAAAGGGAUAUCUAAAUCCACACUUGUAUUUAAUAUAUUGAAAGGAACGGAUCUAAUCAACAUUUGUUUCCCAAUUAAUGUUCCUUUCGUAUCUAAGUUUUAUGUUCACCCUGGUUUGAUUUUGUUAUGCCUGGGGUACUGUGCAAUCAACGCUGUAUUUUCAUUUAUUAAAACGGUGGAUCUCGAUUAUCAACCAAGAUACUAUAUUGUGAGCAAAAGAUUGGGAAAGCUAGCUGUCGGCAAUCUAUUGCUUCUAACUUUGCUGAUCAUUAAGUCUGAUAUAGUAAUGUUUGCUACUGGCUUGAAGCAAGAUCGUUUACAAUUUUUUCAUAGGUGGUCAGGGAGGCUUGUGUGGGUUAUGGCCACACUCCAUUUAGCAUUAGCUAUCACCUAUUGGUUAAGGUUAAACUUUAGUGUAAUGAUUCUUAUCCCGCCUCAAAUCUUUGGGAUGAUAUCUUAUGGCAGCUUAUGUAUAUUGAGUUGGGGAAGCAUUAGGGUCCUUCGAAAAUUUGCCUAUGACUUCUUUUUAAUCCAACACAAGAUAUUUUCUGGAAUAAUGUUCUUAUUCGUGUUGUUCCAUAACCCAGAGAGCAGAGUGAUUAUAAUUUUAGCAAUUCACCUUGUGGUACUUGAUAAAGUUAUUGGUAGGAUUGUCACAUUUAUUCGCAGGAAAUUCAGUCCUAAUGGUGGAAUGUCUCAAUUUAGAAUUUUGGAUGAAGAAACAUUGGAAGUAACUAUUUCACUUGGUAAAUCCUCAAGUAAGACUAAGCGGUGGUAUAAAUAUGUCUUGCCUUCUGUGAAAACAUGGAAGGCGGGACAGUAUGUGUAUCUCAAUGUUCCCAAGGUUAGCUUGUUUCAAUAUCAUCCUUUCACGAUUGCCAGUCUAGCAAGUUCAGGAGACAUGAAAUUACUUAUUAAGCACAAAAAAGGAUUUACAAAAAAAUUAUUCAGAAAGGUAUCUCAAUUGAAUGCAAGUAACUCUAUGGAUGAAGGCGGAAAUCUGAACAGUGUGAAUUUAAAGGUUUUAAUAUCUGGCCCUUUUGGUGGAUUGCUACAACCAUUAAUUACUUUUGACUCUCUGUUAUUUUUGCCUCGGGAGUAG